AUGGCACCAGAGGAUAUAGUUUCGCACUUAAAUAUGGAACGCUUGAAAAAGACCCAGAAGCUCAUCCGUCUUUAUCGAUCCAAUGAAUGCCUGUGGAAUCCGCAGUCCCCAGGAUAUCAUAGCAGCUCUGUAAAGGACGACGCUUGGCGAAGGAUAACACUCGGUAUGAAGAGCGGUUUGACACCUGACCAGGUGAAGCUGCAGGUGCUUGGCCUGCGGAAUUAUUACUCCAAGGAGUGUUCCGCCAUUCAACAAAGUCAUCGAGAAGGUUAUUCUUAUGUUCCGAGGCAUUCCUACUUUGAGGAUCUACAUUUCCUGGGUAAUCUGGAGAGCGAAGAAAAUUGUAGUACUAUUAAGGGCAAUUACCCGCCCCACUUUUCGGAGGCCACAUUCUUUUCCCCUUUGGCAUCAUUAAGUCCCUCUUGCAGUGUAACCAAGGAUGGUUUCACAUUCUACAAGAUGAUACUUGAACCUGAGCCACCCAAUGAAAGAUCCACAUCUGGCAAUGAUCGCUGGUAUCCCACGACAUACUGUGUGAAGUGCAAUCAGGAUACAGAAGAAGAGGAUCCAUGCGACGCGUGCGAAGGCAGAGGUCAAAUCGGUGGAAACCAAUGCAAUUGUGACACACCGGGGACUACUGAUCAAUAUUACCAUCAGGAUAAGUCACGAACACACCCAUCCAUAGACGAUUCAAAAAUCAGACAAAAAAGUAAGGGAAAUCAAUAUCGCACUCAGGAUCAAUGUCCGUGUAAGGAUCAAUGUCCUUGCUCAUCGCCACACAGUCGAAAACGCUCUCCACGAACCCAACAAAACGGCAUCUUUGUGGAUUUGGGCACCUGGGAUGAUGAUGAAUCAACCAAUAAUGGGGAACGCAACGAUAAGUGGCCAGGACCGAGACUAUGUUCUCAAAAACGCCAGGAGUGGAAGCCCAGAUGCCGCAAAGUAAUUCCCGAAAAUGAUCUAAAGUGUGGCGGCGGAGGUUGGAAGCGGAAUAACGAGGCCAUAUGCCAGCGACUCCGGGAUCAGUUGGCGCGACAGGAAUACCAAAGUGGACGUUACUCCGAGGAAGGUACAUAUGGCCAGAGCCGAAGUUGCGAAUGUAAUAAGGAUCGCCGGCAGUCAGGAGAGGAUCAGAAAAAGUCGCAAAGGAAUAGGAACUCGCAGAACGACACCCCUUAUGAUCCCACUGAUCCAGCACAGUAUAGCAAUAAUCAGCCGAUUUCCAAUCAAGCUAACUAUAAUACCACCCAACCGGUUCAAAAUCAAUGUUUCUGCAAUACUAACCCAUACAGACUGGAUCCCCAGCGAUGCAGUACGUAUGGAUGCCAGUGCAUUUACUGCAAUCGAAAUGUGAUUCCACCCCAGGAAAACUACUACCCACCGCAGCAGAUCGAACCGAGUCCCGCAAACUAUUCCCGAGCAGCUCCCGUAGACAAUCCAGAUGGACAAGCUCAGCCUUAUGGAGAAUCAAAUUAUGCGAAUGACUACGGACCACCGGCUUAUCCGGAGCAACAGCAUAUGUACAGUAUAAAUACAGAAGAAGCCCCAAAUCCUGCCCAGCGGUCCUGGCAGCAGGAAAUUGCAAGUCGCCCUCCUCAGCCGGGUAUUCAGGGUCGAGACAAUGUCAAUUCAGCUACUGUAAACAAAAUACUACAGCCUAAUCAGCCUGUUCAGCAUCCUACGGCAAAAAGGAGACCAAAUCCGCCGCCACGGAAUUUUCAAUAUGUGGAGUGUCCUGCCUAUAAGGGUGAACAAAGAUCUAGCGACCAACGAUCGAGCAGGGGGAAUUACCAAAACCAAGAAAGAAGUCAUUAUACGGAAAAGGACUCCGUUGGCAGUCGUGAAAUCUCUAUUGUUUACGUUGAAUGUCCAGCUCGAAGGCCAAAUCGAAAUGAUAUCGAACGUAAUCAAGAUCCGGAUCGUUUAGCUCCGGUGGAAAACCUCUGUAACGAUGAUAAGUGUCCAGCUAACAGACGCAAAGAGCGACCUUCUCAAAGAAGAUCUCGAAAUGAUGAUAGAGUUGUUAGUAACCCUAAUUCCAACUAUGAAGACUCUCCUUCUCCACGGCGGGGAGAAUAUCUUAACGAUAGUCCAAAUAAGUCAAAAGUUUUUCAACUUCAAACCGACGAUUCCCAAUAUAUUGAGUGUCCGGCGCAUAACCGUUACAAUCCCAAGGAAUGCCCCAAUUUAAAACGCAGACAAAACGAUCCCGGCCGAGAAGAAAGAAUUGCCCAAAGGACCAGGCCCCCUUCAAGGACUCACGAUUAUGAUGAGGAGGAAAAGUCAAGUUCCAAGAGAAGAUCUCAAGAUCCAGAUAGAAAUAGUCUGGAAAAUGGUGACGUUGAAAAGCAGAGACAAAGAUCCAGUCGUCCAGGCCGGGAAGACAAUUCGCGGAGAAAUAGAAACCCAGAUGAAGAUACUAACAGGUCUUCUAGACAAGAUAGAGAUGGUUCCGGACUACACACAAGAAAUAUCCGGGAGUUGGAAAACACAAGAAAUAGCAAUGGUAAAAAUCGAAGCUCCAAAAGAAAUGAUAACGAGUGCAAUGAUUACACGUGUCGAUAUAUCAAUUCCUUUGAAGAGAAGGAAGGGUCUCGAAGGCAACGCCAACUGUAUCCAAUCCAGGACGAUGAAGAAAGGAUAGCAAGGAGAAGGUAUAGGAGUGAGUCCUCAGCAAGAAGACAACAGCGGGAAUCAAACAGAUAUGAAGAUUCAGGAAAAAACAAAAAAGAAGUUGGGAAUUUCGGGAGAUCGAGAAGGCAAGGUGAUAUUGAUAAUUGCGAAUGCGAUUCAGAUGACGAUGAUAAGAGAUACGAACCCAGAAUAUUUAGAAAUGACAAUCGCGGCUACAAUAAGGACCUGCAAGAUUUACCACCAACAGAUAGGUUAAAAAAGUAUCCGAGAAGGGAGGAAAGGAAAUUACCAAGAACAACAAAUGAAAAACUGCAGAGACGUUACCGCAAUGACGAUUUGGACUCUGAUGAAUAUGACGCCAGUAAUGCUUAUAAUACUUAUCCUUUGAGGGAUAAUAGUAAUCGAAAUCGUAUGGUACCAAAUUACUAUGAUAGAGAAGAAACAUCUAGAAGAAUAAGAAGACCUCCGAGUUAUGAUGAUUCUGAAAGUGAUGACAGAGAAUAUGUCAAGUCUACUGGCAAAAAUAAUAACCGGAAACGAAAUGUAGAUAAUUACGCUCCGAAUAAAAAGCCUUCUUACUCGAGGGGAACGGAUGCGUACGAGUCAGAAUAUGAUUGCUACUGCAGUGACUAUGAAAUAAGUACCAAUAGUAAAAGUAGGAAGGACAACCAGGAUCCUAAUUAUCCUGGAAGGAACGACAUAAAUGCCUGUGAAUGUGAACCUGAUGAUGGUGAAUAUUCCAAAUACGAAAGAAGCAGUAUUCAAAAUGGUAAUGGAAACAUAGUCUCUGACGACGAUUGUGCUUGUGAUCCGCCCUGCGAUCUGAACGAACCCAAGAUAACUGAGGUCAAGGAACGAAAUCAAGCUGGUAGUAUAUGUAUGGCACUCAAUGCCUUAGCGGAAAGCCGAAAUCAGAAAAAAGAGUCAAUUGGGAUGGCCAAGAAACCACAAGGUCAAACUAAUUUCUUAAACAAGUUAAAGAUGGAACGAAAGGAGGCGAGAAAUAAGCCAGAAUCAACCAAUGACAAGAAGACAACCCGCCCGAAGACAGGAGUUUACCCUAGAGUGCAGUCCACAUCCGCCAGUCCUCAAAAGACUCAGCCAGGAGGAGAGCCGAUCAAGAGACGAACAUCGACGAAGACUGGAGGACAAUCCAAUCACCACAGCGCCGCCAAGAGAACUACGGACACACAUGCAGCUGCCAACAGCAAGUUGCCCUUUGACCUAAACUCGGCCGCCUAUUUUAUUUGCAAAUUACAGGACGAAGGUAACAACCAUCAGUACCUCCUGGUGGUGCCAAAGAAGCCGAUUGGACCACUUGAUGGUGGCCAACGGAUGGGCCCAGGACAGGAGUCUGUGAAGCAGCUGAACUGCCAGCGGCAGUGCUCCGGCUUUCAGAGCGUGUCCUGGGUCGAUUCGUCGACCCAUCAAUCCAGAUCCCAGCCAUCUCAGACAAGGGGUGGCCUUUCCGUGCUGGGUUCGUUCCGGGUUCCACCGGUCCUGGCCAGCACAGCGCUGGGCAUCCUCAAGGAGCACAUGAACAGGUCCGUCAUGGACCGAAAUCCCGAUGAUAGAGUAGCGGUGCCUCCCCCACGAAAGACCCGGCGUGCAUUUUUAUCCAGAGCGACCUCGUCGAGGCCAAGGAGACCCGUGCUUCGGCCAUCGCACAAGGCCAACGCUCCGAUGCUGAACGAGAACAGGACCUUAUUGCUCACCAACAAUCCCUUUAAGGACUUGAGUUUCGGGGACAACAAGCGGGAGGUUAUCGUCCUGCAUCCACCGGUACCCGGCUUUCGACCCUCGAAGAACUCAUUUGGGAAGCUGCAAGAUGUGGAGGUGCAACACAUCACAGUGCCAAAUGCAAUGCCACCCAAGCCGCCUACAAAGCCCAAAAAAAAAGUAUCUUCGGUGAUCAAUCCCUAG